AUGCACAACAUUCAGUUAGUGCAAGAAAUAGAAAGGCAUGAAACCCCGUUAAACAUUAGACCUACGUCUCCGUAUACCUUGAACCCGCCUGUCGAGAGAGAUGGCUUUUCUUGGCCAAGUGUAGGGACAAGAGAGCGUGCUGAGGAAACGGAAGAGGAGGAGAAGGAGCGAAUCCAACGUAUUUCAGGCGCAAUUAAAACCAUUUUGACCGAACUUGGUGAAGAUGUCAAUAGAGAAGGUCUACUAGAUACCCCACAAAGAUAUGCUAAAGCUAUGCUUUAUUUCACCAAAGGUUAUCAAACGAAUAUCAUGGAUGACGUCAUUAAGAAUGCUGUCUUUGAAGAAGAUCAUGAUGAAAUGGUCAUUGUUCGCGAUAUUGAAAUCUAUUCCCUAUGUGAACAUCAUUUAGUGCCAUUUUUUGGUAAAGUUCAUAUCGGAUACAUACCAAAUAAGAAGGUCAUUGGGUUGAGCAAGUUGGCCAGAUUGGCGGAGAUGUACGCGAGAAGGCUCCAAGUUCAAGAAAGACUCACAAAGCAAAUUGCAAUGGCAUUAAGUGAUAUUUUGAAACCAUUAGGUGUCGCCGUUGUUAUGGAAGCAUCUCAUAUGUGCAUGGUCUCGAGAGGUAUUCAGAAAACGGGAUCUUCCACAGUAACCUCUUGCAUGCUCGGAGGGUUUAGGGCCCAUAAGACAAGGGAAGAGUUCUUAACCCUUUUAGGAAGAAGAAGUAUUUGA